AUGGUUCAAUUAUCUACUAUCACUAUCGUCCUUGCUUCCGCGCUCUCUAGCAUUGUCGCUGCUAAGAGCUGCAACUCCGGUGGUAUCUACUGUGGUACCUACCUUCUCAAAAGAGGCGACUACAUCACCAAGAUCAACACCAAUCUACUCGCAAACAACCUUCCGACCUCAGACCUGUAUGUAAAGCAAUCCCUUUGGGCCUGCAUUGAGCACGGAGAUAUCAAGCUCCUCGAAUUCUGCGCCGCCGGUUGCGUUGGUGGCGAUAAGAAUGAUGAUUACUGUACUGGGACUGGUGCACCUGCUAGCAAGAGAGACGAGAUUGAAGACGACUUGACUGAAGAGGACUUCACUGAAGAGGACUUCACUGAAGAGGACUUGACUGGAGAGGACUUGAACGAAGAGGACUUGAACGAAGAGGACUUAGUUGAGAGAGCAGUUGCUAUCGAGUGGAAGGCUUGA